AUGGAUGAUUUUGAUAGAGACAUCGACAAUGAAUUAGAGUUUAGUGCUAAAUCUACCAAGAACAUCAAAGUCCAUGCAACUUUUGAAAGUAUGAAUUUGAAAACUGACUUACUCAAAGGUAUAUAUGGCUACGGGUUUGAAGCGCCCUCUGCUAUUCAAUCUCGUGCUAUCAUGCAGAUUAUAAGUGGUAAGGAUACUAUAGCUCAAGCACAAUCGGGAACAGGUAAGACUGCAACAUUUUCUAUUGGUAUGUUGGAGGUAAUCGAUACGAAGUCCAAAGAUUGCCAGGCACUUAUUUUGUCACCAACCAGAGAAUUGGCACAACAGAUCCAGAGUGUGGUGAAGCAUCUAGGAGACUAUAUGAAUGUGCAUACACAUGCAUGUAUUGGUGGAACUCAUGUUGGCGAAGAUAUUAAAAAGUUACAGCAAGGUCAACAGAUCGUGAGUGGUACUCCCGGAAGAGUAGUUGACAUGAUUAAGAGACGAAACCUUGCUACCCGUAAUAUUAAGAUGAUGAUUUUAGAUGAGGCAGAUGAGUUGAUGACAAAAGGUUUCAAAGAGCAGAUUUACGAAAUUUACAGAUAUCUACCACCUGGUGUUCAAGUAGUUGUUGUUAGUGCCACAUUAUCGAGAGAAGUUCUUGAAGUCACUGGGAAGUUUACCACCGACCCGGUGAAGAUUCUUGUGAAGAGAGACGAUAUUACCUUGGAGGGAAUCAAGCAGUAUCAUAUACAAUGUGAGAAAGAAGACUGGAAAUUCGACACCCUUUGUGACCUAUACGACUCUUUAACUAUCACACAAGCGGUAAUUUUCUGCAAUACGAAGGUAAAGGUCAACUGGCUUACCGAUCAAAUGAAGAAGGCAAACUUCACAGUCGUCGCCAUGCAUGGUGACAUGAAACAGGACGAGAGAGACUCAAUCAUGAAUGAUUUCAGAACAGGAAACUCUCGUGUCUUAAUUUCUACUGACGUCUGGGCCAGAGGAAUUGAUGUGCAACAGGUCUCGUUAGUCAUUAACUAUGAUUUACCUACCGAUAAGGAAAAUUAUGUCCAUAGAAUUGGUAGGUCUGGUAGAUUCGGUAGAAAAGGUGUUGCAAUUAACUUGGUAACAAAAGAAGACGUGGAUGAACUACAUGAUAUAGAACGUUUCUACCGUAUCAGGAUUAAGGAAAUGCCUGUUAAUGUUAAUGACAUCAUGUAA